GUUCACAAAGUUCAAGGUGUGUGUGUGUGGCAAAGAGAGCGAGGGACAGAGAGAGAGAGAGACAGUUAUGGUCAGCAGUCGUAGUAGCGGCAGCGGUGAGAUCACAGCCUGGACUCCUCCUCAGCAGUCCCGACUGAGCUUUAGCUCUGAGCCCGGGUCAUGUUGGGAGAAGAAAGAAGAGGAGGAAGAUGAAGAUGAAGGAGAAAGAAGUUAAAGUUUCUCCUCUAAAGAACUUUGUGGCAGGAGGAGUUGGAGGAGCCUGUCUCCUUCUGGCUGGACAUCCCUUGGACACCAUCAAGGUGAGACUGCAGACACAGCCGAAACCUUCCGGCACUCAGUGUCUGGUCUACACAGGAGCCUAUGACUGUUUUCGCAAAACUGUAUCUAAAGAGGGCGUCCUGGGCCUCUACAAAGGCAUGGGUGCCCCUCUAAUGGGUGUGGCUCCGAUGAUGGCCAUCAGCUUCUUUGGCUUCGCUCUGGGGAAACAGUUACAGCAGACGGAUCCUGGUAAACCGCUAACGUCGACUCAGUUGUUUGUCUCUGGUUGCCUGGCUGGAAUCUUCACCACUGUUAUUGUGGCUCCGGGCGAGAGAAUCAAAUGUUUGCUGCAGGUACAGUCCAGCAGGGGGGGCACUAAGUAUUCUGGUCCUCUGGAUUGUGCUCUGCAGCUUUAUAAGGAGCAGGGAAUCCGCAGUGUUUACAAAGGGACAUUACUGACUCUAAUCAGAGAUGUUCCUUCGACUGGUCUCUACUUCCUGGCCUAUGAAAACCUCAAAAUAAAUCUGACACCUGAAGGUCAGAGUGUUUCUCAGCUUAGCACUCCCAGAAUCCUCCUGGCUGGUGGUGUUGCAGGGAUUUUAAACUGGACCAUUGCACUACCUCCGGAUGUCCUCAAGUCCAACUUUCAGACAGCUGCAGACAGAAAGUACUCCGGUCUGGCUGAUGUAUUAAAAACCCUGCUGCGUGAAGAAGGACCUAAGGCUUUGUAUAAAGGAAGUAACGCCGUCUUCCUCCGAGCUUUCCCUGCUAAUGCUGCCUGUUUCCUGGGUUUCGAGGUGGCUCUAAAAGGACUAAACAUUCUUGCACCCAGUUGGUGAUAUUGGAAAAAUUGCGAUGAAGAUUCAUCUGCUUUUCGGCAAUUUUCUGGUGCUGAAAUAUAUAUGCUUGAAUUUUUGUAUUUUCUAAAGAAGGACUUGAACGGAAUUGCUGUCAUGCCGGCUAGCACUGAAUCUGUAACCAUCGUCUUAGCUAUUCAUGCUAUGUUUAGCAUUGUGUCCUGUGCCUUAUAAAAGGAUCUUCAUGUUUUGUUGCCUGAAACAUGGAAUUAAAAUGAACUGUCCGAUAGUUUGCAUCACCUCAUGUACGGAGCAGGCUGACGACUGUGAAGACGUGAAUUUGUUUAGCACUGAAUAAAUCCUGAAAUACC